AUGAACCCUUCUCUCCUCACUUCCUCUCAUUCCACUUCUUUCCUCUCCCCUCCCCCUCUCAAGCUCACUCCUUCCUCUCUAACGCUUCCUAAACGCCACCGAAAGAGAGAGCUAACAGGAGUUCAACCUAUAGUGAGCAAUCUCUCGCCGCCACUAAGAUUAGUGAGCUCGGCGAUAAUCCUAGCUGGAGCUUUAGCUGCUGGGUAUGGUUUAGGGACUAAGUUCGGUGGCGGGUCUCGGAAUUUGGCUCUUGGUGGUGCUGCCGUGGCCGGGGCGGCUGGUGGGGCGGUGGUGUUUGCGUUGAAUUCGGCUGUUCCCGAGGUUGCGGCGAUAAAUUUGCAUAAUUAUGUUUCUGGGUUUGAUGAUCCUACUCAAGUUAGUAAAGAAGAGAUUGAAGGCAUUGCCAAAAAGUAUGGUGUGAGCAAGCAAGAUGAGACAUUUAAUCAAGAGCUUUGUGAUAUAUACUGCCGGUUUGUGUCCUCUGUCCUUCCUCCUGGGGGUGAAGAACUUAAGGGAAAUGAAGUUGAAACAAUUGUCAACUUCAAAAAUGCUUUGGGCAUUGAUGACCCAGAUGCGGCUAGCAUGCAUGUGGAGCUUGGGAGACGGAUUUUUAGGCAAAGGCUUGAAACUGGAGAUCGUGAUGGUGAUGUAGAGCAGCGUCGGGCAUUUCAGAAACUGAUAUAUGUUUCAACUCUUGUUUUUGGAGAAGCAUCAUCAUUUCUUUUACCUUGGAAGCGUGUUUUCAAGGUCACCGAUUCCCAGGUUGAAAUUUCUAUCCGUGAUAAUGCCCAGAGGUUAUAUGCUUCAAAGCUAAAAUCAGUUGGCAAAGAUAUUGAUGUGGAUCAGCUUGUUAACCUCAGACAAGCACAGAUUUCUUAUCGACUUUCUGAUGAGCUUGCAGAGGACUUGUUUAGGCAGCGUACAAGAAAACUGAUUGAGGAAAAUAUUUCAGCGGCACUUGAUAGAUUGAAAUCCAGAACUAGAACAAUCCAGGAUGUUGCGAAAGUUGUGGAAGAGCUUGAUAAGAUGCUGGAAUUCAACAAUAAGCUUAUUUCAUUAAAGAACCAUGCUGAUGCAGCUUUGUUUGCCCGUGGAGUUGGUCCAGUUUCUGUACUAGGUGGUGAGUAUGAUAAUGAGAGAAAGAUAGACGACUUGAAGCUCCUUUAUAGGGCAUAUAUAACAGAUGCGUUAUCAGGUGGUCGCAUGGAAGAACAUAAGCUUGCUGCAUUAAACCAAUUGAAGAAUAUAUUUGGUUUAGGUAAACGGGAAGCAGAAACAAUUAUACUUGACGUUACUUCAAAGGUAUACCGUAAACGACUUGCUCAGGCUGUUUCAAGUGGUGAUUUAGAAUUUGCCGAUAGCAAAGCAGCCUUCCUACAAAAUCUCUGCGAGGAGUUGCACUUUGAUCCACAGAAAGCCACUGAGAUUCAUGAAGAAAUUUACUGGCAAAAGCUUCAGCAAUGCACAGCUGAUGGAGAGUUGAGUGAUGAGGAUGUUAAAGCACUGACCCGUUUGAGAGUCAUGCUAUGUAUUCCUCAGGAAACUAUUGAUGCUGCUCAUUCUGAUAUAUGUGGCAGUUUAUUUGAAAAGGUGGUUAAAGAUGCAAUUGCUUCAGGGGUUGAUGGCUAUGAUGCUGAUGUUAAGAAGGCUGUAAGAAAGGCUGCUCAUGGCUUGCGCUUAACACGGGAGGCUGCUAUGUCUAUUGCUGGCAAGGCGGUCCGAAGGAUUUUAUUAAACUACGUAAAGCGAGCACGGAUGGCUGAAAACCGCACUGAGGGUGCUAAAGAACUAAGGAAAUUGAUUGCCUUCAAUUCAUUAGUGGUGACUGAACUGGUGGCUGACAUAAAAGGGGAAUCUUCUGUUACUCCUCCAGAAGAGCCUAGUAAGGUGGAAGAAAAGCAAAUUGAAGAUGAUGAGGAAUGGGAUGACGAGGAAUGGGAGAACCUUGACACACUUAAGAAAAUCAGACCUAGUAAGGAGGUUGCUGCAAAGAUGGGUAAGCCUGGCCAGACGGAGAUAAACCUUAAAGAUGACCUUCCUGAAAGGGAUAGGACUGACCUGUACAAGACAUAUCUACUUUACUGCUUAACUGGGGAAGUUACCAGAAUUCCAUUUGGUGCUCAAAUCACCACAAAAAAGGAUGAUUCAGAGUACCUUUUGCUGAAUCAGCUUGGUGGAAUUUUGGGUUUGACUGUGAAGGAAAUUGUGGAAGUCCAUAGGAGCCUAGCUGAGCAGGCAUUUAGGCAACAAGCUGAGGUAAUUUUAGCUGAUGGACAAUUGACGAAAGCCAGGAUUGAGCAGCUCAAUGACGUGCAGAAGCAAGUUGGCUUGCCACCUGAGUAUGCACAGAAAGUGAUAAAGGAUAUUACAACUACAAAAAUGGCAGCUGCUCUUGAAACUGCUAUCAAUCGAGGGAGGCUCAAUAUGAAGCAGAUAAGAGAGCUCAAGGAAGCAAGUAUUGACUUCAACAGCUUGAUAUCUGAAAACUUGCGAGAAAACCUGUACAAGAAAACUGUAGAUGAAAUUUUCUCGUCAGGCACUGGGGAUUUUAACGAAGAGGAAGUCUAUGAGAAAAUCCCAGAAGAUCUAAACAUUAAUGCUGAGAAGGCUAAAGGGGUUGUCCAUGACCUUGCACGGGGUAGACUAUCAAACUCACUUAUUCAGGCUGUGGCGCUACUAAGGCAGAGAAAUCAACAAGGAGUGGUUUCCAGUCUUAAUGACUUACUGGCUUGUGAUAAAGCUGUGCCUUCAGAGCCAUUGACAUGGGAGGUGCCAGAGGAGCUAGCUGAUUUGUACUUCAUCUACAUGAAAAAUAACCCAGCACCAGAAAAACUGUCCCGUCUGCAGUAUUUGUUGGGCAUAAGUGAUUCAGCUGCCACUGCUCUUGGAGAGAUGAAAGAUAGAGAGCUCUCAGUUGGGGCGGAGGAAGAAAAGUUUGUGUUCUAA